GGAACUUGUUGCUGUCACGGGGCGGGCCUUAGAUGUUGUUUGUUGAGGCGGGGGUGUAAUUCAAGGGGAGGAAAGUCGAGUAAGGGAGUGGGAGCUCCAACGUUAAGCGCUCUGAGAGAUGAAGCCAGGCGUCUUUCUUGGUCGUCCUCUUUUUAAUUGCAAAACAGCAGUCUGAAGUUCGUUUUCUGCACCAGAGCCUGGCGCAUUAUCGCCUCCAGCGCGAGGAAGAGUUUAUUUUAAAGCACCGAGAGUGAAUGCACGGUUUUCCGGUAGGUCGGUUUGUGUCCGAGUGCGCCAGAAACGAGGGUUAACCCCAGGAAGGAGGGAUGGUGGACAAUUCCGGUAGCAGCAAGGCGCAAAUGCCCAGCUUGUCCCAGGAGGGUGGUCUAGGAGGUACUUACUCCCAGGGUGGGCCAGUGGGGGUGAAGCUGGAGGCAGUGAUGGAGCAGUUGCAGCGGCAGCAGCAGGCAAGACUGGAGAUGGAGCGUAAGGAGAGACACAUGCGCGAGGCCCACAUUAUGUAUGCCCAGCAAGUGGCUGCCCAGCAGGCUAUCCUGGCAGCUGCCAGGGCAUCAGGGUCCCCGCUGGGGUCCGCAGUGCUGGGCAAGGGCCUUGGGCGAGGGCCCCCUGGAGGUGGACAUCAGUCGAGGGUCUCAAAUCAGAGCAGCGUGGAGUCAGAGCGGGAGGACGAAGAUGACCGAGGGCGGGGCUCAGAAGAGGAAGAUGACGACGAAGAGGAGGAGAUGAUGGAGGACGAAGAUGGUAGUGAAGAGGAUGAGGAGCGAGCAGGCAUGGGGUUGGAGUACCUUCGAAAGCAGACCCUCGCCCUCCAACAGGGAGUCCCCCAUAUCCCCCCUGGCCCGUAUCCACCUUACCCCUCCUCCUCUCCCCCGGCGCCUGGCGUCCAGCGCAGCCCCUCGCCCCCAGUCAGGGUGAAACAAGAGCCAGAGGACGAGGACCAGUCCCCAGCGGGCCCCCAUUUGUUCACAUCACCGAGUGGACAGGCUGACUGGGCCUAUGAUGAGCAGUUCAAACAGCUGAAUGGAAGCAGCACCUGGGGUGAGGAAGCUGAUGGUGGAAGAGCGAGAGGAGAAGCCUCCAGAGAUUUCUGCAAGCUAUAUGAACUAGACAGUGACCCCAAUCGAAAAGAGUUCCUAGAUGACCUGUUUGCCUACAUGCAGAAAAGAGGAACCCCAGUCAACAGGAUCCCCAUCAUGGCCAAGCAGGUGCUGGACCUGUACAUGCUGUACAAGCUGGUGACGGAGAAGGGUGGGCUGGUGGAGGUCAUCAACAAGAAGAUCUGGAGGGAGAUCACCAAGGGGCUGAACCUGCCCACCUCCAUCACCAGCGCGGCCUUCACCCUCCGCACUCAGUAUAUGAAGUACUUGUACCCGUAUGAGUGUGAAAAGAAAGGUCUGAGCUCUCCUGGGGAGCUGCAGGCCGCCAUCGACAGCAACCGCCGCGAGGGGCGUCGCCCCAGCUACAGCACCAGCCUGUUUCGCUUCUCGCCUUCCCCUAGCACUGCACCCCACAUCCUCACUCCUCCCAAGAUGCACCUGUCCUCGCUGGGGGGCGGGGUCUCCGCGGUUCACAAUGGCAUACAGGCAUCACCAGGCCCCUCCCUCAAAAAAGCUAUAGCCCUGCAGCGGCUUGCGCUGAGGGGAGGGCCGCUGGAGAGCCACGCGCCCUCUGUUAAUCCAGAAGAGGGCUCCCCGGCGCUCAUGUCCAGCCGGCUGCCCAUGGCCAUGGCUCUGGGGCAGCAGCAGCUGGCGCGGGCCGCCACCCUGGAGCAGCUGCGGGUGAAGCUGGAGACGGGCGACGGGCCCGAGAGGAAGAUGGCGCGGCUGGCCGAGGAGCAGCAGCGCCUGAUGCAGCAGGCCUUCCAGCACAACCUGCUGGCCAUGGCGUCCCAGGUCCCCAUGAACCUGCGCCUCAACAGUGCUCGCGAAGACAAGCAGGACCUGGCGCUUAGCAUCUCCUCCAACGGAUCCACCAGCAUCAGCGUGUCUGUGGAGGUCAACGGCACGCUUUACUCAGGGAUGUUGUUUGCCCAGAAGUCUGCAGCUGCUGGUGCCGCGGCGUCUGCUACAGCGCCCUCUGCUGGCCCUAGUGGAGGCUUUGGGAUUUUGUCCUCUGCUCACAGCCCCGGCGUCUCCUCCUCCUCUUCUAAGGGCCCCAGCUCUGCUGAGCCCUCCACCAGUGGCUCACCCUAGCUGGAGCUCCCCACCACCCGCUCCCCAGGUCUCUCUACAAACACCUAGGCCCAGCAGGGAUUCCGUGAAUACAUCUAUAGAUCAACCUGACUGAUGGAAAAAAACAAACUGUUGCACAACAAAUACCUCGUCACUCCUGUCGACCUUGGCUGUUCAUACACGGUGCACACUCAGACAUGCAAACAUUCAUGCGAACACGUGUCGCGUAAAUAACAUUCAAAUUAUCAUGCAGUCAGCAGACCACACUCAAACACUAAAGACAAGCGCACACAUGCAUACAUACAUACACAAACACGCACACGCGCACACACAGCCAAAAACACUGACAGGUGGUCAAAUGAACUUGAAGAUUUUUCGUUUUGUUCGCCAUUUAUUGUCUUUUGGUUUUCAAUUUUAGUGUAAUUUUCUCCAUGUACGUAAUACUUACCUCACAUAAAGUAAUCUGCAGUGCUUUGGUAAAACAAGUAUCUAUACCUCAUGAGCUGUUGUAUACUUAAGAUGAAUUAACUGUUUUUUUUGUAGCUACAAUUUUGUUCUUUGGUCACAAGACAGGAAAUCUUUGGUUGAUCUCUAUGCAUUGAAAGCCCCGUCAGCUUAUUCAAGAUGGUUCCCUAAACUUCUCAAGAACCAUAACAGUGGACUGCAGAUAAUACCGGUCAGUUCCAUGACAUGCUUUGAAAGAGCUUUUUUAUUCUCUUUCACUGUUAAUUUAGUAUCGCACCACUUUCACUUUUUCUUCCAGGAAUAUUUUCUUUUUGAUCAACGUGUGUUCAUUAAUAUGAAUUACAGGAGGAGUUCACAGUUCUGUGCAAACCCAGCAGCACAGAAAGAGAGAGGGCACUCAUUUCCUACCACGAGUCUGACGGUGUUCGAGCCCCCUCUCUGCUCCUUUCUGCAGCACCUGUCAAUCACAAUAACAGUGGGCUCUCCUGAAGACCUCGGCACAGAGCAUUGUGCUGUAUGUUUGCAGUUUGAUUUUUAUAUAUAUUUAUGUAUACAUAAGAAAAAAAAGCGUGUUUUUACUUUUUCUUUCUCUCGGCAUUAUCACCGGACCAGAUUUUUUUUUUGUUGUAAACUGCCAUUUCAAUUUCAGACCUCACUUUUUGGCUUUCCAUAUUGGAAAAUUUCUCAGGAAGAACAGAGGUGUUUCCACAGGACUCACUUCAUCACAAAAAGCUUUGUACCAAAAAAAAAAAAAAGAAAAGGAACAAUCCACAACCACUCAAGACUGUUCAGAGAAAUACCUCAGAGACUCUUAUGGAGAACAACAUUACAUACCUCAUGCAAUCAAUCUGGCGAGACUUGACUUCAUUUGAAACUCUGUCACCACCCACUGUCUGCGGAGGAGUGCUGAAUCAGAACUCUGGACUGCAGACUGGAUUUGACUUUAAAGAGAACUCACUUCCGGGUUUCUGAUGAACAUCAUGUGUAAACGGGGAGGGCGCGUCCCUUCCCGUAGUGCGUUUCAUAUCUUGAGACAUUUUUAAAAGUUAAGCGUCCUGCUCGGGUACAAUCAGGUGGCCAGUAUUUAACCUUUAUUCUCCGCUUGGCCACGUUUGCCUCAGAUUACUGCACAGCUAUGAAUGCCAAAGAUCAGCCUAGUCUGUGUCCCAGUCCUUAAAUCCACUUUAACCCUUGUGUGGGCACAGCGUGUCACUGUUCAGGUCAAGCUGGUGCUUUUUAAUUAAAGAAUCGUUUGAUGCAGAAGACAAAGUUGGUUGCCCCGAAUGUUGAUUCAUUGUUCUGUCUUGUCUGAUGUCAGUGUGGCAAAAGCGGAUUCGGCUGCUUUGUCUUGUAAGUUUUGACAACUACGUCUACAUUUAGACCUGGUCUUUUUGAACUGCCAGAUCAUCACCCCCCCCCCCCCCCUUAAUUCCUUCAAGUGGGCACCCACUCAGGGCCUUAUGGCUGACAGGCUGCCAGUGGUGCUCCAAAACUGAGCAGCUCAUUGGCUGAAUUCUGUUCAUGCUCUACCCUUUAAAACAGCUGUUUCUCCAGUUCCGUUUGUUUCUUUGCCUGCAGGGAUGAUUAGGUUUGAAUACAUCGUGCAUUUAAAUGAAUCGAUGUUCAUGAUGGGGAUACAUGUAUAUGCACAUGCAAAUUGUCAUGUGAGAUCAUCAUCUUCGGAUUUACUUGGUGGCACUUGCCUGCCACCACCUUUCUGUUUUCAGUACUAUAGUACCUCAAACAAGAAUGUGUGAACCACAUACCUUGUGGAUCACCAGCCAUUAUGGCAUUUCCAGUUUCCUGUUUUCACCGGGUGUUCAUUGCCAGUGACAACUGCUCUUGCAUGAAAAUAUAAGACCAUAUGUUUCACAGAAAUAGGGAAUAUAUAAAUAAUGUGGUAGUUGCUGGCUGCCUUAAUAUAUUCACUUGUAAUUACCUGUAGUCUUUUGAAGGUCUGAUUUAAGGUCUUUUUUAAUACUUCAAGCUCAGUCUUUGAACAUUCAUUGAUCUGCUUAAAGUUUAAAUUGAAAACCAACAUCACUGUCCCUCAUUUGAGCUACAAAUUUUAAAAAUGACAAAUUUUAAUAUUUAUUGUUUUUUAGUUGGAGCAUCCCCAGUCUUGUUUAAGGAUGUUUUUAAGUUGAAUCAAUGCGAAAUAUGCUUUGCGGUAAACACAACAGCUGUUGGAGAUUAAUUUUAAAGGAGAUGUUGAAGAAAUGACUGUUGUUUUACCAUGUCCUUGGUUCCAGGUUUGACUAGUCUUUGGGCCUUUUCUAGCCUUCUGUGUCUCCUCAGAGUGACUGUGUGCCUGUGAUACAGGCCCGCUGGCACAGAUGCCUCUAGCAUGGCCUGGAUGUAAGCUUUGAGACCAUAAACAAAGAUUGGGUGCAUGCUGUGUUCUGUAUUGGUAGAAUUUGUUCACGAAACAGGAGAUCUGGACAGUUCCACUAUGCCCUGAAGCACCUUCAGCCAUGGUGAGAGAUUAUUUCUCUUUGGUUCGGUCUUGGUGAUGGGAAAAUCAAACAUCACUGUGAUGCCAACUUGCAGCUGGAACAGAGACUGAAUCAUUCUGUGUGAAAUUGCUCUCAGUGGUGGGUUGUGUGUGUGGGUGUGUCUGUGUGUGUGUGUGUGUGUGUGUGUGUGUGGGUGCAUGGGAAAGGGCGAGAGAGUCAAAGAUGCAAAAGCCAGAAGUCCAAUGCUGAGACUCCGUAAAUGGAUAUUAUAGGUUAAUAUGCUAUGUAUUUGUGCGUAUGUGCCUGUGAGUGUGUGUGAGAACGGGGAUGGGCGGUAUCUGGAUAAUAUGAUCUUAAGAUUUAGAGUCUCAAGUCAUGACUGCAGUGGGGACAGUGUAACAUUUCCACAGAUGAGCCUUGGUUAGUGUUUGCCUGUGAACUCUGGUGUGCGGCUAUAUUGAACAGCUGAUCAUCUUAAUGCUGAUGGACUGGGAAUUGUUCUUUUUUUUAAAGACAGUGGCUAAGUUCAUAUGUAGCAUGCCCUUACUCUCUAAGGGGAAAGUGGAUGCUAGAUGUUAGGCUUUAGUUUUAGACAGUUUGGCGUUUUGUUUUGACGUUGUGGCUUUGCUUUUUGUCUUCUGUAUUUCCAGUGAGAUGAGUGCUCAGGAAAUUUUUUAUUUUAUUUUUGUUCUGCAGAACCUUGUCUCGGGAUGGCUUGGAUUUUACAUUUAUUUGAAAUAUAACCUGAUCUGUGUAUUCCAGGUGUGUAUGCAAGUGGAUAUUGAAUACCUCAUUUAUCAGCCUUUUUGUGAUUGAAAUUUGUACAAUGCUCCAUUAUAAAAUCAGUCUGUGGGGUAUGUGCAUAUUUUGUAUUAUUAUUAUUAUUAUUACAUCUUUAAUGAAAACAAAACAUAUGAAUGCUUGUAAAAUUGGUUUGUGCUGAUUGUAAAGUGUAUUUAAAAGUGGAGCACUUUCCCAAAGGUGAUUUUGACACAUUCAGUUUUGUUCACAUAAUUAAUAUAAGGAUGUGGUUCUCAGGGCUUUAAACAUGUAUGUCAUGAUAAAGUUUUACUUUAUAUCUUG